AUGCCACCGAAGCCGGUAAUCCCAAAGAGCACGCGCCGCCCCGCCGCCGCCGCUAAGAAGAAGAUCACGACUCCCAAGGGCACAAGCUCUAGCAAGCAAGCCAAGAGGGUAAAGAUUGCUCGGAACCGCAAGGACGAUGGCAACGGAAAAGUUCUCACUCCUGGGAAAGAACCGAAAGAGUUCAUCAAAGUCCACAGGGUCGAAGGCCAGGUCGGCUCCUACGCCAUGUUCGGCCGCAGGGACGAGUUUCGGAAGUUCGUCUUGUCCAGUCUAGUGCUGAACAGCUACGUCAAUGCUUUCACCGACCGCGGAAAGAUCCAAGUGCGCCAAAACCACGUCCUAGAAUACAUCCGUGACUGUAAGGAGAAAAUGGAGUCGGAGGCAAGCCCCAUCGACGUAUACCCAGUGCAGAACGACGAUAUUCACGCCUGUCAACGAAUGGCUCUAGCAUGCGCACAGAUGCGAAGGCAGAUUGAGCAGGCUGCUUCUGGGCAACGACCGUUCGACCAAGAGCAGGAGAACAGAGCCAUAAGUGCGUUCAAGGCCCUGACAGGAAAGGAAGUACCCGAGUUUGACCGAUCGAACGUAAGUGUGAAGAGCUUCGGCCCGCACACCGAGUAUGGUGAGAGCGACCUAGAACCGUACAGUCGCGUCUUCAAUGUCCUGAUGUAUCUAAACCGGUCUUUGAGCCCUACGGUAUGGAACACAAGGUUCGGGACUGGGAAUUGGGACGCCGAGGUCCAUUUCGUCGAUGCCAAUCUCCCGCAUUGGAUGCGGGCAACGGAAGCCACACAAGAGACUGCUCCAGUUCCAGAUCAAGUCGCAAGUGCAUCCGAGGCGCCCAAGCCGGACCUGGAGGUCCUGGUAUAUUGGAAGACAACGUCGCGUUUACCUAAGCAACGAGAGCUCAUGGAGUUCUUAACAGAAACCGGGCUGACCGACAACAUCAUAACUGAACUCCCGAUAACGAUCAAGCCGACAACAACCCGCGCAGAAGUCCGCGACAUCAUCCGAGCAAGGUGA